AUGGCAUUCACACCGACACUCUUCUCAAAGGCCUCUCUUUUCCAAACAAUCCACCACAGCAACCAGCGUCCUUCCAUGGCAUUCACACCGACACUCUUCUCAAAGGUCUCUCUUUUCUCUUACAGAAGAACCUUUUGCAUACAAUUAGCUUCUGCUUUUCACGAAUUCCAGCCCAACAAGAAGUGGAGGCAACCGGUGGCAUCAGUUCUCAAGCUUGGUGGCGUCAAGAUUGCCAAAGAUGAAAUAGUAAGAGAUAACCCAACAAACAAUGUUCCUGAUUCAAUAUUCUCAAAGCUUGGAAUGCAGCUUCACAGGAGGGAUCAACAUCCACUUGGCAUCCUGAAGAAUGCAAUCUAUGACUAUUUUGACACAAAUUAUCCCAACAAAUUUGACAAGUUUGAUGAUUUGUGCCCAAUAGUUUCGACCAUUGCGAACUUUGAUGAUGUAUUGGUACCUGCUGAUCAUGUGAGCAGGAGUUAUAUUGAUUCAUAUUAUGUGGAUUCUGAAACUGUUUUGAGGUGCCAUACUAGUGCUCAUCAAGCUGAGUUACUGAGAGGAGGGCACACUCAUUUCCUUGUCACUGGAGAUGUAUAUCGCAGAGAUUCUAUUGAUUCAACUCAUUACCCUGUAUUCCAUCAGAUGGAAGGUGUUAGAGUUUUUACGCCGGCUGAUUGGGAGGCAUCUGGCACUGAUGCCACAUCAUAUGCUGCGGAGGAUCUAAAGAAAUGCCUUGAGGGGUUAGCACGCCAUUUAUUUGGUGGUGUGGAAAUGCGCUGGAUUGACACUUAUUUUCCCUUCACCAACCCAUCAUUUGAAUUGGAGAUAUAUUUUCAGGACGAUUGGUUGGAAGUUCUAGGUUGUGGAGUGAUGGAACAAGAAAUAUUGAAGAGAAGUGGUAGGGUGGACAACGUUGCUUGGGCCUUUGGGCUUGGACUGGAGCGAUUAGCAAUGGUUUUAUUUGAUAUUCCAGAUAUUCGCCUUUUCUGGUCGAAUGAUGAGCGGUUUACUUCUCAAUUCUCUAAAGGGCAGCUUGGUAUCAAGUUUAAACCAUUUUCAAAGUAUCCUCCAUGUUACAAGGACAUGAGUUUUUGGAUCAGCGAUUCAUUUACUGAGAACAACCUCUGCGAAGUUGUUAGAGGUAUCGCUGGGGAUCUUGUAGAGGAGGUGAAAUUGAUAGACAACUUCACCAACAAGAAAGGAAUGACCAGUCAUUGUUAUAGGAUAGCAUAUCGAUCAAUGGAGCGUUCUCUCACGGAUGAGGAGAUAAACGACUUGCAGUGGAGGGUACGAGAACAAGUCGAGACCAAGUUGCUCGUUGUUCUUAGAUGA